GGGCUAGGGCUGAGGGGCUUGGUAAGGGCCCUGUGAGAAACAAAGAGGGGGAGAUCAGAGUGGGCAGGCACCCCCACCCCCCCAGGGAGGGUUGAGCCCUCUAAUACGUGGCAAGAUGAGCUCUCCAUGCGAGGCUCGUAGCAAGUUUCCUUUGCACGUCUUAGUCUGGAAUAAUGACUACAAACAGCUGGAUAAAGAGCUGGAAGGCAAGGAUGUCGAUCAGCGUGAUCCACGGGGUCGGACCUUGCUGCACCUCGCUGUUUCCUUGGGAUAUAUAGAGUCUGCCAAAGUCCUCCUUCGACACAAGGCAGAUGUUACCAAAGAGAAUGCACAGGGAUGGACAGUUUUACAUGAGGCUGUAAGCACAGGAGACCCAGAGAUGGCAUACCUAAUACUGCAGCAUCGAGACUACCACCAAACGUCUGCAACACUUGGAGGGGUUCCUGAAUUACUCCAAAAAAUUAAUGAGACUUCUGAUUUUUAUGUGGAAAUGAAAUGGGAAUUCACUAGCUGGGUUCCACUCGUUUCCAGAGUGUGUCCAAAUGAUACCUGUCGCAUCUGGAAAAGCGGAGCUAAGUUACGCGUUGAUAUCACAUUAUUGGGCUUUGAAAAUAUGAGCUGGGAACGAGGGAAACGUAGCUUAAUUUUCAAGGGAGAAGAUACUGGAGGCUGGGCAGAACUAAUUGAGAUAAACCAUGAUGACAAAGUUGUCACGACAGAGCGUUUUGAAAUCUCUCAACAAAUGAAGCGUCUGACUUUGGGCUCUGUGAUGCCAGAAAGAAAGGAGGUGGAAAGACGCCUUACGUCUCCAAUUAUUAAUACGUGCCUUGAUACUAAAAAUAUUGCUUUUGAAAGAAAUACAUCUGGAUUUUGGGUAUGGAGGACAGAGAAAGCAGAAGGUGUUAAUGGUUAUGAAGCAAAGGUCUAUACGGCAAACAAUGUGAAUGUAGUCACAAAAAUCCGAACAGAACACUUGACAGAAGAAGAGAAAAAAAGAUAUAAAGCUGACAGAAAUCCACUGGAAUCUUUUCUUGGUACUGUAGAGCAUGAGUAUGGUGCGCAGGACCUCAAAACAGAGUAUGCCACAAUGAAUAACCCUACAGCCAUUACUCUGGAGGAAUAUUUUGACCCGAAGUUCGAUCUGAAAGAUAGAGACAUAGGAAGACCCAAAGAAGUCACUAUUAGAACACAGAAGUUUAAAGCAACCUUGUGGAUGUGUGAAGAAUUCCCCCUCUCUCUCAUGGAGCAGGUCACUCCAAUCAUUGAUCUGAUGGCCAGAGCUAGUGCUCAUUUUGCUAGACUUAAAGACUUCAUCACUUUGGAAUUUCCACCUGGAUUUCCUGUCAAAAUUGAAAUUCCCUUGUUUCAUGUGCUUAAUGCUCGAAUUACAUUUGAAAAUGUUAAUGGCUGCAGGACAGCUGAGGAAACUUCAUCACAAACUGCUGAAGGUGCAGAGUGUGAGUUGGCUUCUACAGCCUCUAGCUUUGAGGUCGACCAGUCUGUGUUUGAGAUCCCCAAAUCUUAUCACACUCAACAUGAUGGUAGGAACGUGCGUGUGCAAGAUGAAGAUAAUGAAAUAAUGCAGUUUGCUAUUCGGCAGAGUUUGUUGGAGUCCAGUGGGAAUAAAGAAGCCUUAGGAAUGCAUUCCAAUGGAGCAGUUGCUUAUGCACAGGACUUUAAUAUACAGUAUCAAAGGGCACUUCAGGAGAGCUAUAUUAUGAGUUCAAGUACUCCCCAUGUUAGCACUCCAAAUGAGUCUUCCAGUUUUGAUAAAGACUUACAGCUUGCCAUGGAGUUGUCUGUCAGAGAGCAGCAGGAGCAGGAGAAACGGCGUCGUGAAGAGGAGGAGGAAGAAUUUCAACAAGCUUUGCAGCGCUCUCUCACAGAAAAAUAGACUCCUCCUUCAAACCUCUAAAAGAGAGGUGCCUCAAUGUAUGUGACACUGAGGGCUGCAGUAGCUAGGAGCCUGAGGACCACUCUUGGGUUGCAUAAGUAGAGGACGUCCUUGUCACCUUUAACAUAGAGAUGUGGCCCAGAGAUGCUACAGCUCUGGGCAUGCAGUUCUCUAGCUUGACCCAAGUGCCCUGGCGUGUUGUGUGCGGACACCUGUAGUUUCUAUGGGCUGCUACCUCCAUGAUUAAAGGUGAGGGCUGUGGUAGAAUUCCAGGAGCUAUAUUUGGCUCCCAGGCCAUAUCCUGUUCAAAAAUUUCAUAAAGGGAAGAGAGAGAGAAAUAUAUUAUAUAGCCCAGGCAAGGUGUCCAGUUCUUUAUGUAGGAGCACAGCGAUAUUUGAGAACCUGAUACAUAGAGAGUUCAGAAGAGAAACUUCCUUAUUACCUACCAAAGGCAUAUUAAUCUGUUCAGUCUUUCCUAGUAAUUGAAUGCCAGUCCCUGUUUCUUUUCUAAAUAGAGAGGAGAAUGUGUGAAGUAGUCUUUCACUCCAGCGAGUGGUUUCCAUUAGGUUUGGGUGCACAUGGCUAAGGAUAUUUUCUCUUUUCAGUUCCUGAGCAUUUAAAAUGCAGCGGUGCUUAUCAAUAUGGUUGAUUUUUAAACUUGAGUUAAUUCAGGCUAAAGGUGCACUCAAGAUUAAACUAAUGCUUUCUGGCCAAGGGCAAAAAAGAUAGCUAAUAGAAGUUUUUUUUUUCCCUUGAAAAGGGACUACCUGUUCAUUCAAAUAUAGGUUUCUCUAGUGAUUCAAGACCAGCUUAGUUCACACAAUCAAAGAAGACAGCAAGGAAAUACAUAGAAAUAGGUGCUUUUUUAAAAGAUCGAUUUACUUUUUUUGUGAAAGAAAUUUACACUUAUUUGGAGGUAGGGUGCUGAAUUCAUACAGAGAAAUUAGAUGAAAUUUUAAUGUAUGCCUAUAAGUAAGUUCUGCCAUCUCAAAGGGAAAUAUAAAUAUUGCUUUUUAAAAGUCAAAUGUAAAUCCUUCAUGUGAAUACAUAUUUUUUAUCUAAAUCUUUUUAUUGAUUUUUAAGACAAACCAAGUCAAUACAAUUACACUCUUAGGGAAUAGUAUCAUUAGCAAUACAGGAGUGUAUUUUUACCAAGUUUUCUCAGGUCUUUAUUCAUACUAUAUAUUUUUAGUUCUUUUGUUCUUGUGUAAAUGUACACAGCAUACAUGCUGUGAUUGUUAAAUGCACUCCUCCAGUACAGACUGUACAACCAUAGGAAAGCCUUAUUGCAGUGAAACAUCUUACUGAGCAAUAUUUCCUACUUAUAGCUGGCAGAAGUGCAAAGAAACCUAUGGUACAUGUGGUCUUAUCCUGCAUUUGUUACUCAGGCAAAACACAGGGCUGCCUCUGGCUCUGUGACAUACUAUUAACCAGUCUAACUUGCAAUAAAAUUGACAUGAUCAUAAUCAGUAAAAGGUAAUUUAGAACUCAAUUGUAUACCAUAUAAUCAUCCAUUGUUUAUGUAGCAAUCAGAUUAAAAUUCCUUGUAUGCACACUUGUGCCAGUAUAAUCUGUGCCAUGUUUGUUUCAGACUAUGCAGCUUGCAUUUCAUAAAACUUUGACUUCAUCCCUAAAUAGUUUAUUUGGGAUUAGGAGUAACACUGUCACUUGCUUACCCAUAAGCAGCUAUACAUUGGAAUUAUUGCUCCUCUCUUUGAAAAGAGAAUUGCUGUAACUGUCAAACCUACCUGAGGGACUAAAGCCUUUCGUUAGCGUUGUGACAAGUUGUGAAAUAACAGAUACAAGAAUUCAGGUUUUUUUUUCCUCAUGUGGAAAUAAAGAGCAUUGCUCCCUUUAAGAGCAUUUGUCUGGCAUUCUGAUUACUAAUAGAAAAACAAGAUCUCAAACCCACCUUCCCCCCAGCAAUUUAUUUUUUGUGCUUUGGUCACCAUAAACGAAAUGUGUAUUUGCUUCCUAUUCACUGAAGAAUCUUCCCAAAUGGGAGUGGAAGCUGGUGGGAUAAUAAUUCUUUGUUAAGCACAUAAAUUUUAUUCUAGGCAGAGCUGGCACCAACAACCAUAGGUCAGGUUGCUGAAUACUUUCCAUUAUAAAAUGCUGUUUUCAGUUGCUGUACAACUGUGACCAUUUGGACUGAAACUUACCAUGCCUGGUGUCUGCCUCAGGCCAAAUUACUGUUUUAUUUUUUAAGCUUCAUUGCUUUUUGAGAACCAAGCUUGUGGGAGGGGGGAAAUGUUGGUAAAACUGUUAAAAUCAUUUAACUGAGCAGCUCUACUGCUGCCAUGCUCUGGAGCAGGGAUGUAGGCUUGGGCUGUGAUACUUGCUGCUCCCGGCAAAAUCUGGCCAAAUUUGCCCAGGUUAUAAGCAUCUGAAAAAACAGCAAUUCCUACAUACACAGUAGAGGCUUGUCAUUAAUUAGCAGCUACAUUCUCUGCACUGAGUGUGCUUGAUUUUUACCUUGGGCUAAAGGAAUUAAGCAGGACUUUCACUGCAUUUACUUCCACCAGUGACUGCAGUGGAACUGUCUGUACCCAAGAGCUGAGACCAGGGAGACUCUCUCUUGCUGGGGUGCCCAGCGAAUGUAGAAAAGAAAACACCCUCCGUGGAAUGUGUGGAGGGGACUGAGACAGGAGCUGGGAUCAGGAGGGUUGGAGUGCUGGGACAGAAUCUGACUAGGAAACGACUGGGCCCGGGACUGGCUGGAAAGAGGAGAUGAACACUAGCAGUGCCUGCACUUCUGAAUUAAUUGUAACAUUAUUUUAGCCCCUGCUGGGGCCACUCACACAAUGACGCAAUUUCUAGCACUUGUCUGAUUUUUCUCAAUCCUGUCCAGAACUCCCUCUCCUUCCCCACUUUGCCACCUCCUGGGAUGAGCAGCCAAUGAGGGCUGCUUGCAAGAGGCAGGUCAGAGCUCUCUCAUGAGCCAGAGGAGUUCUGGGGUAGGAAAGGGGCCAGCUGACCGCAUUCUCAAAGCACCGGAGAGGGGGAGCAGAAACAGCCCAGCAGCUCUGCUCCCCCUGUGAGCAAAGGAUCAGUCUGCUCUGCCCCUCUCCAUCCUUGCAACAGCAGGCCUGAGAAGGGGAAGAGAGGAUAAGCCCCUGGAGCUCCCCCUAAUGGAAGGGUGAAAAACCCCUGGAGCUGCAGGAAGGGCGGUGAUGAGCUGGGGGGUGGGCAAAGUUGAGACGAAGGUUGGGAUGGCAUAGCUAAUUGCAAGGAUUGGCAUGCAAAGGGCACAAAAUAAACUAGGAUUCUGGGGUUUGGGGAGAAACUGGAGGUGCUGUACCAUGAGGCAGCACUUCAUACAAAUCUAGAAUUUGAUCUUGAAUUGGGUUUUCUGGUGAGAACUCAAAUCGCUUUUCUCUGUCAUUGUCAUCCAGGCAUAUUGGGGGUUCAAAAACAGACCAAAAAACAAUUUUAUUUUUAUUUUUCUGUCUCAUAAUUUUGGGAGGGGUCUGACUCAGGAUUUUUGAACUUUCCAAGUUUCAAAGGCAGGCGAUGAGUGAGGCAGGGAACUGCCAGGAGAGAACUGGUUUCAUGGCUAAGGCAAUUGAAUGUCAUGGUGGAAAAUUGCUACUAUCCCUCCUCUGAAAAAAGUCCAAGGUUAACAUCUGUCUAGCUUUUUUGUUUUAAAUGCUAGUUACUAAUUAGUAAAAGCAUCAGCUGGGUAACCUGCUCAUGUAAUUCACUGUAUGUUCUUACGGUGUUUAAAAAAAACAGAUCACAACUUCUUGUGUGGCUGCUGCAUGUUUCUAAUAGCGAAGUUCCUUGCUCUAUUGGGAUAGAAAUUGUUUUUCUCAAAUCAAAGAUUGUUAAGCCUUGGGUUCUCCUGAGUUUGUUAAAGGCUUCCUCUAAAUGAUAUAAAUCUAGUUCAUUCACACAGUUUGAUUUUUUUGAGUUUAAUGCCUGUUUGUUCAGUGCAUUUCUUUUUCUGUGCAGCUGUCUGAAACCACAGUGCAUAUUAAUGAUUUAAUAACUCCUACCUUGAAGCACAGUAACUGAA